UGGCCAUGCUUGACAGGAAGUGGUAGGAUAAAAAUAGAGAUAUUUAAUUGACAAGGGGAAGAAGAUUGGCUUACAGUGGGGGAAAACUUUUAGGCCUUGUGAAUCGCAAAGUGACAUUUCUAGAUGAUGUUCAUUUGCCGGAAGAGUUCCGUUUGGGCAUGACGAAUCUGACGAAUCGGGCAUCCCGAAGAGCCAACGAUCUGACCAUGGAGGAACAAAGAAAAGGCAUUCCGACACUGACGGCCAAAUUUCGUCACUACCGACCUCGAGUGGCCUGUUUCGUUGGCAAGGGAAUGUAUGAAAUCUACAAUGGCGGUAAAUGUAUGCUCGGAUUACAAGAAAAGACAGUGCCGUGGGAUAACGGGCAAGGAGUGACUCGAUUGUUUGUGAUGCCCAGCACCAGUGGCAUCGUUUCGGCAUACCAAAAACCCGACAAGUUAAAGUAAGUGAUCAUAAAGAGAAUAUAAAAAGCCCUCUUUUGUGAAUGUAUGCUGCGGAAAAAGAUCAACCACUCAAACUUUUCUCUAUUUUACAUGAACAGAUUCUUCCAGGAGCUGUGUGCUAUAGCAACGGAAGAAGAUGCCAAAUAUCCUCCCGUCGAAAUCAAAUGUAAAAAGGAAGAAGAAUCAUCAAAUACACUGUAAAUAAAGAAGAAGAAAAAGGUUCACGUUGUAAUAAAAACAAAAAUACAAGAUGCACGGUAUAUGAACCUUUGGGGCAACAGAUGAACAAU